AUGCAGUAUAAACGCUGCACAUUCAGGAAAGAAACAGCAUCCAGGAACACAGAAAGGGCGAGGAAGCUCGAAGCAGCAAGCAGAUUCUUUUUCCGGGACGAAGAAAUCAGAAUGGAGAUUGAGGUCCACUGUGAAUUACUGCGUAAUGCAACAGUGGACAAGGAGAACAACUAUAAUCGUGGUACUGUACCUGUACAUGCCACCGAGGAGCUUAUCGAUACUAGUAUUGAGGGUGAUGUGCUGGGCAUGCAGCCCAUCUUCUAG